AUGCCUUAUCCUCUCGCAACCCACGUCCUGACUGUGGACCCCAACGUUAUCCACAAGGUCGACACCUCAAAUCCUCAGAACCUCUACAGCAUGUGGACUGUCUUUGCCAAGUGCGCAGAGUCUGUUGAGCAGGGCCGCAGGUUAGAGAACCUCAGCUGGCGCAUGUGGAACCACGAGACGUUCUGCUGCGCUGAAGAAGAAGAGGCCUCUAUCACCGCCACCAGCCAACCAAGAGAGAUCCCCCAAACCGGCAGAUUACAAGACCUUCCUCAACUAUCCGGCAGCGUCGAGUCUGAGAACGACGACGAAGCUGUCGAGUUUGCUUCCAACUCAGUUCCCCUUGAGAUCCGUCCCCAGAUCCAAAGACAAGACUCCUGUGCCAGCAGCCGCAGCAGAGGCAAGGAACGCCACAUCACCUCUGGUGACUUCGAGAAGAUGGUAGUCUCCAUCAUCAAGGAGAACGAGCCUCUCUCCGCACCUCUUCCCCAGAUCACAUCACCUUAUAUGCCUCCCCAGAAGGAGACGCCCGACCUGGCUCCUGCUUCCCCCGCCUACGAGCACUCCGGAUCCACUACUACCGAGUCACCUUGCAAAUCCUCGGAGGAGGAGCACUCACAAGAGCCUCCCUCGCCCGAGAUUACUUCUCACACCACCGUUGUUCGCGGCUUCUCUCCCUCCCAGGUCCCGAUUCACCGUGCUGUUGCCACUCCUCCCAAGGUCGUCUCGCCUGCUGCCAUCCCUGAGCCUAGCUCAUCGCCUGCUGCCAAGCGUAUCCAGUCCAAGAAGCAGCCCAUGUUUGCCCUUGGCGGAUCUUGCUCCUCAAGCGAGCAGGGCCAAAGCAUUGACAACCUGCGUCCCAUUCCGGCCCCUGCCCCGAAGCGCAAGAUGUUCCAGGUUGGCGGCUCUUCCGAGGAAGACAGCUCCCUGAAGAGCGCCCUUGCCUCCAGGCCGAGCUCGCUUCUCAACGGACAGAAGAAGACGACUUCUUUCGCCGAUCACGUCCUCACCCGCACCAUUACUGAUGAUAACUCGGCCAUUGCCGACGACUCGGAAACUGACUACGUGGACGAGAGCGCCAUUGAUGACGACGACGACUCUUCCGACUGGGAAGACUCGAUUGAGGAUAGCAACAAGUCUAGCAUUGACGAGAAGACCUUCUUCCAGCGCGUCGACUCCAAGGUCAACCUGACAUCUCGCCGUUCGCUGAUUACUCUCAUGAUUGACGAGCAGAACGGUCGCUCUAGAAACCUCGGCAACAUUGCCUCCCAGUCUACCUCGGCACUACCCUGGUCGCGCACUAGCCACCCGGCACCUCCCACCUUGGCCGUCUCUCCUAACGACUCUGAUGACGCUCCUCUCAUGAUGAAGCGUGGUGUGCGCUCAUCCCCUCUGAAGCCCAUUACUGAGGUGCCUCGGUCUGCCGCUCAGCCCAUCGUGGCGACGGCUAGCCACAGCCAUCUUCAGGCCGCGCUCUCUCCCCGAACGACCCGACGCAACAUGCUCGCAACCGAGCUGACCGAGUCUCUCCGACGUAACCUUCUCUGGGAGCGUCAGCAGAAGUCGUCGACGGCCAAUGCCGUCCUUAAGCGGCGCCACACCUCCCACGACGUUGCCAACCUGAAGCAGUACCCCGAGAAGGUCUGCAUGAAGAAGACUGAGGAUGCCCCAGUUCCUCCUCAGUACUUUUCCAAGGAUACGGACAACUUCGGAGGCUACCACUCCAAGGGAUGGUAA